GGCCGGAGCGGCUUGGGAUGCGAGGUGGGCGGGGGCGGGCUGAAAGUUGGACAAGCAGGAAGUGAACCGACGGCCGCCCGGGAGGAAACCGACUUAGGCGAGUUCUGCUGCCGCCAGGCCCCAGCCGCUCGGAGACAUGGAGGAGGCCAGUGGCGGUGGAGGGGAUGACCGCGUGCGGAACCUGCAGAGUGAAGUGGAGGGAGUCAAGAAUAUUAUGACCCAGAAUGUGGAGCGGAUCCUGGCCCGGGGAGAAAACUUGGACCAUCUCCGCAACAAGACAGAGGAUCUGGAAGCCACAUCCGAGCACUUCAAGACCACGUCCCAGAAGGUGGCUCGGAAGUUCUGGUGGAAGAACGUGAAGAUGAUCGUCAUCAUCUGCGUGAUCGUUUUUAUCAUCAUCCUCUUCAUCGUGCUCUUUGCCACCAACGUCAUCCCUUAAAGUAACUUCUUAGGGAACCCCUUCCACCCUGCCCUCCUCUUCAGGGCAACCUUCCAUAGUGGGUGCCGAGAGGGGCCCUCUCUCCCAUGCUCCUCCACAAAGAAUGCUGCUCGAGCCUCCCGCCUCUCACUCUGAGACCCCCGCGCUGUCUGCCCCCGCAAGUACCUUGGUCCCUGGAAGGAGAGAGCCAGACUGUGGCUGUGUCUCAGGGGGCCUCAGAGGUGGUUGGAGAGACAGACCCAGAGGGCCCAGCAUGUGGCUGGGAAGCUGAUGGAACUGACGGUGGCCAGUGGGCAAUAAAGACCUUUCUGUAUCCCUA